GCAAAGACAAAGAAGCCAUACGCAGUUAUUAAUGCGUGUAAUUUUCAUGAUUCAAUUCUAUAUCCUCAAAUCAUCCAGUCAUAUCUCUCAAACAUCUAUACUUCACAACAAUUUGUAAAAUGUCGGAUAAAAAGACUCUUAAAGAACAGUUUUCAGCCAUUCGUCCUGGCAAAACAGGCGAAACAGGCAGGCCCACUACACCCAAUGAGCAAGAACAAGACAUAACCGACACUCCUGUGACCCAACCCGAAGCUGCGAAGCUCAAUCCCCAUGGAGGUGCGGACAAACAGAGUGGGGAACAGAUGAGAACUUCGUUGACAAUAGCUCGGACAGAGCAGCGAAACAACGAGAAUGAAUUGGAAACCAUCAAAAGAAGAGCCACGGCUUCACAGACCCAACAAAACCGGUCGAUCUUCUCGAGAAUAGCAAGACCAACGAUAAAACCUAAGGCUGAAAUUCCGAUACACCUUGCGCCAGAAAUCGAACAACUAAGUCUCAAGUUAGCCAGUCAGAACGAUAUUCUCAGAACUCUAGGAGAAAAUACAGAUAAACACACCCAGGACAAUAAAUUUCUAAGCACGGCGGUCGACGAGCAAAUUGCCAAAGCCAAAGAAUAUCAAGCCAAAGUCCACGAACAAAAUUUGCUAAUAGCCCGAUUGGAAAGCGAACUUGCAACUGUUAAAGCCAAGGCCGGUGCAUUGCAAACAAAGAACGAAACAUGCUCUGUGGAUAAGAUAUCCAAAGACGAGAGGAUCGCAAAACUUUUCCAACAAUUGAACGAAACCAGUCGAAAACUGCAAGAAUCAGAGGAGGCCAGAGCAGCGGCACCAAAGCCUCCAGGUCCCUCCAUCGAUGCAGCCCAUAUCCAGAGUAUCAGAAUCAAGGAUAGCGCAGCCGACAAAGAAGAGAUCGCCAUCUUGAAUUCGAAAGUCUCAGCACUUGAAGAAGAGUUACAUGCUGCAAAGGUGCAACUCAAAGAAUUAACUCUCAAAGCAAGACAGAUGGCUGAAAAUCACGCUAAUGAGAUGGCAGAGCUCACAGAGGUGAAAGAUGAUCUUGCGAUCGAAAUGGCUUGCAUGAAGCAAAGUUUGAUAUCUCAGAAGGAAACAGCGGAGAAGCAGUUGGAAGAGAUGGGAAUUCUUGUAAGAAAGCUCAAGCUAGACCUAAUCGAAAGCAAGGGCAGCUUCCGAUCUUGGUUGCGAAUCAGACCUCCACAGGGCACUCUCGGCAAGCAACCUAUCUCUAUCAAGGGCGGCGAUUCAGUCGAAGUCAUUGAUCGACAUGGUACUGCCAAAACUUUCCAAUUCGAUCGCGUCUUUGCCCCUGAAUCCAACAACGCCGUUGUUUUUGGCGACUUGAGCGAAAUUCUCGAAGCCGCUCUUCAAGGCUACGACAUUACUAUCCUUGCAUAUGGACAAACUGGCUCUGGGAAAACAUACACCAUGAGUGCCAUGCUCGACAUGGCCAUGGAACAAAUUUUCACUCAGCUUGCCAAAUCCUACGGAUCGGACUAUAGCGUCCAGGGCCGUUGCAUUGAAGUAUACGAACAAAAGGUUUACGAUCUUUUCAAGCCAGCACGAGAACAACUAAAGGUAUCAACUGAUUGCAACGGCAUGUGGCCCAUCCGCGAGCAGCUGCUUCAAGUACACACUGCUUCUCUCUCCAGCCUUGAAUCCGUUCAAGAAAUGGUCCAGGAAGUAAACAAGAAUCGCACCUCAGGUCAGACUGCCAAGAACGACACUUCAUCCCGAUCCCACAUGUUUCUAUCCUUCCAGGUAAAAGCAUCUAAGACCGAACAAUCAGGCGCCAUCACCACCACCCGCUCCGGAAUCACCUUCAUCGAUCUCGCCGGCUCCGAAUCCUUGAAGAACGUCACCGAUCGCAUAUCAGAAACCCAGGCUAUCAACGCCGAGCUUUCUGCAUUGCGAUCGGUGCUCACAUCCAUGGGAACCAACCAAGUACGAAUCCCCUUCCGCGACACGCAACUCACCAGGCUACUCCAAGACGGCUUCACCACCGGCAAAGUUCUCUUCAUUCAAGCAGCCAGUCUGGGCGAAUUGGAAGAAUCGAUCCACACGAUGGAUUUUGGUGGCUUGGUCAGUAAAGUCACGCAGAAGAAACCCGCAAAGAAUGUCGUGACGGCUUUUGCGGGCACCGAGCCUGCGGCGGCGGGAGAAGGAAGAACGACUCCGACGAGUCCGGCACCGAUGAAAUCUACGCCUGGUACUCCUAGUACGAGAGGUGCGAGGGGUGGCCCGAGAGGGGGCGCUGCGGGGAGAGGUUCGCCGACUACGAGAGGAGCCCCGAAACCACGUGGAAAGUGAGGAGGUGAUGGUGAUAGAGGAGCUGGAGGAUUUAUUUCUUUCGGAUCGACUUUUUAUUCUCACUUUUCUCAUUUCAUGGGCUUUUCAUGGGUCUUCAUUCAUUCUUCUCGAAAACUAUUACAGAUUGUGAAGAUAGAGAAAGGCGAUUGUUUUUAGUAGAUAUUAAAAUAUAGAUAUAAAUCA